AAACAACAACAAUCCAACUUUGAAUCGACCAAGCAGUGAACCGUCUCGGCUCAGCAUCCGUUUCCGAGAAGUGAGCCCUGACAUUCUUUUUGCCUACUGGCUUUUGGCUUUUGCCGGAUCCAGGCAUAUUCUCUGGCAGUCUCUCGACUCCAAACGUUCUCAAUUCAACCUAGUCGGUUGAAGGUAGGCGUAUGUGUAUCCGCCAUCGAGGGACCGAGGGGUAGAGUUACCUAAUCUUUUUGCAGCUUCUUGUAUAUGUUACUCUGCAGUUCGGCUGUGCGGGUUGGAAGUUUUUGACCUCUCUCUCUCCCUUCCAUUUCAUCUCCUUCUGGGAUUGCAAACAGGCAGCCAUCAAACCAAUAUUGGGAAUGGCGAACAAUGCCGACAAAGACUGGGCGGCCGAAGUCAGCGGCGCUGAAGACGACGACGAAGCGCUGCGUAUCGCGAUUGCGCUGUCGCUGGGGAAAGAUCCGGGUGAACGGAGCGGUCGGUCGAGCCGAAAGGGAGUGAUCGACCUGACGCAGGACGACGAGGAUGACGGAGAUCGUGAGCCGAAGGAGACACCCCUGCCACAACAGACGAUCGCUUCAACGCCAAGCCUCUCCGGCCUUGCAGCGCUGGAUAGGAAGAAGAUGGAGGAGGAACGGCUCGCGAGGCUGGGCAAGCGGAAGGCGCCGCAGCAGUCUGAGGAUGGCGGCCUCUCAGGGUCGAGACCGGUCCAGCGCCCCAGGAUAGCUGCUGAAUCUCCACCACCAUCUUCUUUGGCUUCUGCUUUCGCUUCCGCUGCUCCUAGAGAGGAAGAUACCUCGGCCAGGCUGGGAGUUGCAGUUUCGACGUCCCCUUCGACGACAACGAGCUCAAGAUCAGGUGGCCUCCCCUUCCCACGUGGGGUUGUAAAGAAAACAUGGGCAUAUGACCAGCCGCGGCAGAGCGACGAUAUCAAGAUUCAGGAAGUCCUCCAGCAGCACCAACUGGAGCUCGCCGUGCUGAGCUCGUACCAGUGGGACGAAGAGUGGAUGCAGUCCAGGAUCGAUCUGGCCAGGACGAAGCUGAUCUUGAUUGCGUUUGCUGUCAGUGAGGCGCAGAAGGAAGAGAUGCGGAACAAUGUGCCGCGGGACAGAAUCCGCUUCUGCUUCCCGCCCAUGCAGCCCAUGGGCGCCAUGCACUCCAAGCUCAUGCUGUUAAAGUACGAGAAGUACAUGCGGAUCGUCAUCCCCACCGGGAAUCUGAUGUCGUUCGACUGGGGAGAGACGGGAACAAUGGAGAACAUGGUUUUCAUCAUCGACAUUCCCAAGUUCGCUACUGCUGAAGAAAGGGAAGCGCAAAGGCUUACUCCGUUUGCUGAAGAGUUGCUGUACUUCCUGCGGGCCCAGGCAUUAGACGAGAAACUCGUGAGCAGCUUCCUCAACUACGACUUUUCCGAGACAAGCCGCUACCGUUUCGUGCACACCAUUCCCGGCUCUCAUAUUGCCGAGGACGCAUGGAGGAGAACAGGGUAUUGUGGCCUUGGCCGGGCGGUCAACUCGCUUGGACUCAGUUCAUCAGACCCUAUCGAGCUAGACUUCGUGUGCGCAUCCCUCGGCGCCGUGAACUACAGUCUCCUUUUGGCCCUGUACUAUGCGUGCCAGGGUGACUCGGGCUUGAAAGAGUACGGCAAGCGGAUCGCCGGUAACAAGACAAAAGGAGCUCCGCCAGCAAAGGAUGAAGCAUUCUUGCGCAAGCAUAUGCGCGUAUACUUCCCGUCGCGGGAAACUGUUUUGCAGAGCAGGGGGGGGAAAGAUGCGGCCGGGACCAUCUGCUGCUUGGCUAAAUGGUGGCAAGCACAAACGUUCCCGCGAGAAGUCCUGCGGGACUGCAAAUCUCUGCGGAAGGGCCUGCUCAUGCACAGCAAGGUCAUCUACGUCCGGCCUCACCAAACCAGCCCCGGAGACUCGGUUGCUGGCGGGUUUGUCUACGUCGGGAGCGCGAACCUGUCCGAGAGCGCGUGGGGCCGUCUUGUUCGUGAUCGGACUACAGGCAAACCAAAGCUCACUUGUCGCAACUGGGAGUGCGGCGUGCUUAUCCCCGUGCAAGGCAAUUCCAGUGAUGGUACAGACCUGAGUCUCUUUACGGGACAGGUCCCUGUCCCAAUGGAGUGGCCGAGCCGGCCCUUUGUCCGCGAUGCGGACUCGGAGCCUGAGAUCGCGCCUUGGUUCUACCAGGACGGAUGAUUAUUUACCUACCUACGUAAUAUGGUGCGGUCAGUAUGUCAAAUUGAUGGGCGUAUGAGAGUGGGCCAGCUGUCUGAUCAGACAUGGCUGGUUUUUGGCACCCAGCAGGCUUAUAGGGACUUUUGGAGGUGUGCUGAAGCCAUCAGUACUGCUUAGCUAGAUGGAGCCGGGUGCGAGACUGGGAGAACUGGACACUGCCCAUGGUUGAGAAAUUACAGCCGCGUGUCUCUGUAGGACCCUAAUUGAGACGCAUGUCCACUACCUCUGGUCCUAGAGGCAAUGACUUGACUACAGGGCUUUCAGAAA